CACCUCCCUGUGGGUCCGUGCCUGCUGUGGGGAGGGGGUGGCAUGUCCAGCCUGUGGUCAGCAGGCAGCCAGGGGUGAAGCAGAAGGAGAUAAGGUCCUGUGUCCUGAGCAGGCCCGUUAAGCGACUCACAGGGCUCUUCCCUGACGGCCACACCUCGCUGCAGACUGACCCCUGCCCGGCCAGCCCGGCCCCCGGGACCCCCCCAUGCAAUGGCCCCUCGGGGCCGGCCGGGGAGGGGCUGCGGGCAGGGAUAAAAGGCCCGGCGGGGUCUGGGCUCAGCUCCAGGCUCUGUGCCCUCCUGCAGCCCAGCAAAGCCGCCACCAUGGUGCACUGGUCAGCCGAGGAGAAGCAGCUCAUCAGCAGCGUCUGGGGCAAGGUCAACGUGGAGGAAUGUGGGGCCGAGGCCCUGGCCAGGCUGCUGAUCGUCUACCCCUGGACCCAGAGGUUCUUUGACAACUUUGGGAACCUGUCCAGCCCCACGGCCAUCAUUGGCAACCCCAAGGUCCGUGCCCACGGCAAGAAGGUGCUCACCUCCUUCGGGGAGGCCAUCAAGAACCUGGAGAACCUCAAGGCAACCUACUCCAAGCUGUCAGAGCUGCACUGUGACAAACUGCACGUGGACCCCGAGAACUUCAGGCUCCUGGGUGACAUCCUGAUCAUCGUCCUGGCCGCCCACUUCGGCAAGGACUUCACCCCCUCGUGCCAGGCCACCUGGCAGAAGCUGGUGGGUGUGGUGGCCCACGCCCUGGCCCACAAGUACCACUGAACCCUCGGGAUGCAGCUGCGUCUGUGACAGGCA